AGCUCCACCCCCGGCCCGUCCGGCCCCGGGCCCACUCGCCCGCCGCCCCGCAUGGAGCUGUCAGCCAUAGGCGAGCAGGUGUUUGCGGUGGAGAGCAUCCGGAAGAAGCGCGUGCGGAAGGGCAAAGUUGAAUACCUGGUGAAGUGGAAAGGAUGGCCUCCCAAGUACAGCACAUGGGAGCCAGAGGAGCACAUCCUGGACCCCCGCCUUGUCAUGGCCUACGAGGAGAAGGAGGAGAGAGACCGAGCAUCAGGGUAUAGGAAGAGAGGUCCGAAACCCAAGCGGCUUCUUCUGCAGCGGCUGUACAGCAUGGACCUGCGGAGCUCCCACAAAGCCAAGGGCAUGGAGAAGCUCUGCUUCUCUCUGGCGCGCCCACUCGGCAGCGGGAGCCCCAAGGGGGUGGUCAAGGCAGGGGCAGCUGAGCUGGUGGAGAAGGGCCCCUUGGUGCCCAUCCUGCCCUUCCCGCUCUGCAAGCCACGCAAGGCCCACAAGUACCUGCGGCUCUCACGAAAGAAGUUCCCGCCACGCGGGCCCCACCUGGAGAGUCACAGCCAUCGACGGGAGCUUUCCCUGCAGGAGUCAGCAGCCCCAGAUGUCCUGCAAGCCGCUGUUGGAGACUGGGAGCCUGUGGAGCAGCCCCCUGAGGAGGAGGCAGAAGCAGACCUGGCCAACGGGCCGCCUCCCUGGACACCCGCGCUCCCCUCAAGUGAAGUUACCGUGACUGACAUCACCGCCAACUCCGUCACCGUCACCUUCCGCGAGGCUCAAGCCGCCGAGGGCUUCUUCCGAGACCGCAGUGGGAAGCUGUGAAUACCGGCUUCCACUCUUAAACUGUGUUUCUUGGGGCUUGGGUGAGGAAUUCCAGAGACAGGAGGGGCUGGGAGCAGGGUAAAUAUUUUAUUUUUUAAAAAAGCAGAAGCAUGGGGAAGAUCCCACCACCCUGCCCUUGCUCCGCGAGGGUUGUUUACAAAGAGGCCUCUGGGACAGGGUGGGAAGGCCGUGUUGUUUGGGUCUCAUCUCCAGGGCAGAUGGGGACAGGCUACCCUGCCCAGUACGCCUCUGUCAUUAUCUUUCAGAGGCUGAUCAGUGGAAGUCGGAGGAACCCCAGAGGUCCAGACCUUGCCUCAAGCAGUCACCCAGCUUUCUGGUGGUUUCCCUCCCUGUUCCGUCACAUGGGUGUUUACUAUGAACUUCCCGCUCCAGCUUUGUGGUGGGACUUGGAGGCUGGCCUUGGCCACCAGGGACAGGAUCAGGACAACAAGCAUGGGCUGGACCAGGGAAGAGACUACCCAAGCCUCCUGAGUGUGCUGUCACCCAGUCAUUGGCCUGUGUAGAGAUGCCCGUGAACACAUCCAGCCACCCCGAUGUGCACACACCGAGUGUGUUCACACCCGCCCCAUGUCUAUAGUCCUGUCCACAUGGACCUUGCACACCUUUAGAAACUGACCAGGUGACCAUGGCGUCACUCACAGCACAAACGAACUUCCCACGGCACCCUUGCUCCACCUUGCACGUAUGUCGUGUGACAGGAUCGGUCUCUGUUGGUUUGCAGCUGUCUUGGCAAACAGCUGGGACUUGGUGGCGUGUAAUCUGAGCCGCAGAUAGGCCCAGGCUUUGGUGUCCAAGGGGCAGUUCCUUCCACACAGGCUCACAAGCACCCGGCCCACCCCUCCUCCUGCAGGAGAGUCACAUUCUCUCUGACUCAGGUGACUUCCAGCCCCUUUCUCUGCCCUCUCCUGCAGCUCAGCCGAUCUGAGCACCCGUGGGUGCCAGUGUGUGGGCAGUCAGGGAGGGAGUGUCCCACCACUUUCUCAGGGCAGUCCUUGUCUUCUGUGUCCCCCCCCCCCCAACCUGAAUGGCACGGCUAAGGAUAACCCCUCACACCUUUUGGGGAUUGAACUAUGAUACGUGAGACAGGUUGCACACGAGUGUGUGGUCCUGGUAAGGGGGUGGCUUGCUAGUUUGCACAGGCGUCCUCUAGGCUGACACCUUCCCACCUGAGGAAGGGCCCCUCCCUUGUCAAAGGCGCAUUGCUCUCACCCCCUGCUCCCAUAGAAGCUAUGUGGCUGGGUCCUAGCAGCUACCGAUUCUGUUGUGUCUUUAGGUCAGCAGAGUCUGUAUGAACAAGGGCAGGAUGACUUCUAGACACUCCCAUUCCCAAACCAAAGAUCCUGCGCCCUGUGUCUGUCUGGGAUUCUGUCUUCUACCUUUUCUUGUCCCUGGUCUCCCCUCCUUAAUUCUCAGUUGUCCAGGGUUAACUCAGUGCUUCCACUGGGGGCAGUCUUCUGUGGGUGACCUGCUUCGCCUCCUUCCUGGGUCCUGAAUCUAGAGGAUGUCUGGGUGGGCCAGGGAGCGGAGAGAGAGGAGGAGACUCAGUCAGUGGGCUGCAGGAGCCUGGGAGUGGGGAGAAGCUUGCUGUUCUUGAGGUCCCAGCUCCUGGAAAGAAGGUGAGGGUGGGUCUUUGCUGCUGGGUUUGAUGGCCCACAAUAUUGGGGGACAGCAUCCCGUUGAUGUCAUGCUCCCCAUUCCUAGGGGCAUGAGACUAAACGCCUGUAGUUUGUUUGGAUCGUGAGGCUCAGGGAGGGGGGACCUGCCCGGCAGCUGUCUUCUGUCUUUAGCAGUAGGCGGUGUCCUUUUCUCUCACAGGGCCCUUUGUGAAACCUACCAGUUCCUGGAGAUGUGGCCUAGACUGGGUAUCCCUCAGGGUAGCCAUGCAGCUCUGGACUGCAGGGAACUGGCCACCUAGGGAGAAUGGCUGAAGGCUUCGAGUGGCCACAAAGGCUUCUCCCAGCCUGAAGCUACCUACCUAAGUGGACAGUAAACCCCCUCCACCCGCAUAUAUACACUAACCCCAUAACAGGGCCAGUACUCUAGCAAGGAGUGGUGGCCACCUGCCUAUCUUUCCCCUGGCCCCACCCACUUGAAUGUAGAGAUUGGGUUGUACUUUCCCUCACUGAGCUGGGGUGAAGAUAUGCCUCAGCCUGUAGUGUGGACACUCGCAGCGCCACAGUUGAGCCCAUUCGGGCCAUGUGGUUCUCAUCUGGUAAGAUGGUGAUCUUAUUGCCAAGUUCCUUCCACCUCCUGCCCACUGAGGAAGGACCUCAGUGCCAGUGAGGUGGCAUCGAUUUUGCUUUAUAAAUGGCGGACCACACCUGGCCGCCAGGUCUCAGCACAAGACCGCUUCCUUUGCACAGAAUGAGCUAUGAGCUUUGUUCAGACUACCUGAAUGUAUUGGGAGGAAUUGGGCCUAGGUCCCCCGCCCUGGGGAGUGUGUGCUGGGAAGUCAGCAGGUGUAGACUGCGGUUUUAUUUUUGUACUGAUAUUGGUAAGAGACUAUAGCAUCUAUUUAUUUAGAUGAUUUAUCUGGUAGAUGAGGCAAAAAUUAUUAAAAAAAUACAUUAAAUGACUGUAGAAAUUUC